GGCAAGCCUGGUGUGGACCGCUAAGGUACAGGCUUCGAAGCACUAAAAGCCUUGGCUUCUCGUCUUUACAAGUGUGGGCGUCGAUCAAAUCACAACGGGACAAACUUCCUCCCCCACAUUGCCCACAUUCCCAAAUCUCCCAACUUUGAGACCGAAGACCCCGCCGAGGCUAGGCUCUCAUAAUGCAAUCAUUUUUCCAGGUCUUUAACGACAUAAAAUCCGACAUCUAUCUCUACUAGGACGUCAGAAAUAGAUUUGCAUCCAAACACGUAUCUCGCUCACCAUGACGCAAAAGAACAGCAAUGGGACGUCGGACAGCUUACUGGCUGAUCCCUCCAAGCUCCGUGUAAUUGUGGUAGGAGCAGGGAUUGGUGGCUUGACGGCCGCCGUUGCUUGCAAGGAAAAGGGUUUCACAGUCACAGUUCUGGAAGCCACUGAGAAAUUCACUCAUAUCGGCGCUGGACUUCAAAUCUCGUCCAAUUGCACUCGCGUUCUUCUUGGCUUUAGUGGCAUGCGUGAACGUCUUGACAAGGUUGGAGCACCUUUGAAAAGAGUUCGCUUCCACGAUAUAGAGGGGAAUCAAAUUGCCGAAAAGCUUUAUGAGGAUGCAGAAAAGGAGUAUGGUUUUCCUACUUGGAUGAUCCAUCGUGGUGACCUGCACGACUGUAUCCUUGCAAAGGCGCGGGAACUCGACAUUGAUAUACGGAUGGGUCAGCUGGUUGAGAAGUUCGACGGCGCGGGUCCAAGCGUAACGCUCAAGGAUGGGAGCCAGUUGGAGGCUGAUGUUAUUGUAUGCGGAGAUGGCUACCGCUCCCGCGCUCGUUCGGCGCUGAAGGGGCGUAUAGACGAACCACUCUUCAGUGGCAAUUCGGCUUUCAGGGCUCUUAUUCCCUGCAGUCUCCUUCAAGAUGACGACUUAUUUCCAUUGAUCAACUGGAAGGAUCAGAGCUGCUAUGCAUGGGUCGGAGGCACUCGUUUCAUUGUGGCAUAUCCAGUCCGUCAAGGAGAGUAUUAUAACUUCGUCUCCACACAACCAGCUAUCCAUACCAAAGGGAGUGACUAUGUCGUCAACAUAGAUUCUUCGGUUGUGAUGAACGAAUUUGCAGACUGGGAUCCGCGUCUUCUGAAGAUUUUGAAGCAUCUCCCCGAGAAGUGCCUGGAAUGGAAGCUCUGCGACCUAGAACCCAUGGAUAACUGGGCACUGCCUGGUGGAAAGAUAACGCUACUUGGAGAUGCAGCUCAUGCUGUCUUGCCUUCCUCUUCACAAGGUGCAGCUAUGGCGAUUGAAGACGCUGCGGCUUUUGCCGAGAUUUUGUCUAGAAUCGAACACAAAUCCCAGAUCGAGGCUGCUGUUAAAGCGUACGAAGACCUACGAAGACCCAGGACUACAGAGGUGCGGGAUAGCGGACGACGCAACGUGGCACGGUGGAAAGAAAAGGAUUCGCACGAGGAGUCUACUAAUGACGUUAUUUGGGACUACGACGUUAUUGCCGAAGCCAAAAUAAUACCAAUAGGAUGAUGAGAAGGUAGUUUUGGACUACCUGUCCGUACUGUUAGCUACCAUUGAAAUAAGACAGCUCUUCUUGAGUUCACUCGAAACGCGAGAGCACUUUCUAUAG